AUGGCCCAGGAUCCACCAUUCAAAGUAGUAAUUGUCGGAGCUAGUGUGGCUGGGCUCUCACUCGCCAACAUGCUUCAGGCAAAUGACAUCGACUUUGUUGUCUUGGAAGCCUAUCCGAGCAUCGCUCCUCAAGUCGGUGCAAGUAUAGGGUUGCUUCCCCAUGGAAACCGGAUUCUAGAUCAACUGGGGCUCUAUGAGAAGAUCCUGCAAGUAGCGGAACCUGUCAACACAUUUUCGUUUCGUGAGCCGUCUGGGUUGCCGCUGGCAUCAUAUCGUGACAUGGACCGUAACCUAAUUGACCGGCACGGGUACCCCAUGAUCUUUCUCGACCGUCAAACGUUGAUACAAGCCCUUUACGACAACAUCAGGGAGAAGUCAAAAAUUGUGGCGAACAAACGUGUCACAACGGUCAAUCUUGGCGAAAACGGUGUGACAGUAUUGGCAUCGGAUGCUACCAAGUUUCAGGGUGACAUCCUAAUCGGCGCCGAUGGUAUCCACAGUACAGUCCGGGGGGAGAUGAGGAGACUCGCUAACAUGACGCGUCCUGGUUACUUUGACGCGGGCGAGGAGGAAGAGCCUCCUUGCGACUACAAUUGCAUCUUUGGCAUUUCACGACCGUGCCAUGGCAUCGUACCCGGUGGCUUGCACGAGGUGUUUCGUAACGGGUCAUCAUACCUGAUAUCCGGUGGUCCAAAUGGACGAGUGUACUGGUUUCGGUUUGAGAAGCUACCCCGAAGGCUUUAUGGCACACAAAUCCCGCGCUACAGCCAGAAAGAUCUCGAGGAAGCGCUUGAUCGAGCCUCGAAUGACUCAAUCCUGCCCGGCUUAACCUUUUCCACGCUGGUUGAGAACCGAAUCACUGCAGUCUUGACUCAUCUGCCCGAAUAUGUCUACAGGAAGUGGCAUUUUGGCAGAGUUUUCACUCUCGGAGAUUCUGCACACAAGCUCCAUCCCAUCGGAGGUCAUGGAGGCAAUGCGGCGAUUGAGACUGCUGCUGCAUUAACAAACUCCUUGGUCGAUCUGCUGGAAAAGGCCUCUUUCCCUCUGGCCACCACUGAUAUUACGGCCCUUUUCAACCACGUUCAAACGCUUCGAUACCCUAGGGUGAUGGCGAUCAAGGCUUAUUCACACAAGAAACAACUAACCGAGUCACUUGACAAUUCAUUACAAAGACUCGUCGCGUUACGCCUUCUUCCUCGAGUCAGGGAGCAAGAUGUCACACGCAGUUACUCAGCUCAAAUACCAGCCAGCGCAAAGCUCAACAUGCUGCCGUUGCCAUACCGAAAGAAGCUCGUGCCGUACAAAGAUGAGCUGGUGGCCAAACCAAAAGCAAGAGGAACUGUUCGGUUCAUAAUACUUGGGAUUUACCUGACAUGCAGCGCGGUAGCCUUCUAUCUCAGAUGGCUGAGUCCUUCGGCAACAGAGCUUGGAAACCAGAUCAACAAAGUGCUGGUCGAGGGCGCUUUUGAAGAUGAUUCUUUGACUCUCUUACAGAGGGCAUUCCCUGGCAUCAAGUGGCGACUUCUGCUGUUGCGUGGCAAUUCAUUCCCAUUCUUAUACCCGUACUCUCUUAUGUUUGUCGAAUAG